ACGAGUUAUGCCCCAAUGAGAAGUAGUAGUAGUAGUAUGAGGAGUACAGGACCAGCACUGGAGAGUAACAGGAGGAGAUCGCAAGAAGCAGCCGAUGAAAUGUGCAGAGUCACCGGGGAGAGGAGCAGCAGUGGUGUCUGUUGAAAAUGCCUGAGAGAGUAGUCAGUUUCCAGGGCCAGAGCUUCCACAAACUGAGGCGCUACUGCCAGAGACGUGGCGUUGUGUUCAAGGACCCUCUGUUCCCCGCCUCAGCCCAGUCUCUGUUCUUUAAGAGAGAGCUGCCACCUGGACUGUCCUGGAAGAGGCCGAGGGAGAUAUGCAGGGACCCUCGUCUGUUUGUGGAUGGCAUCAGCACCCGGGACCUGCACCAAGGCAGUCUGGGAAACUGCUGGAUGGUCGCAGCCAUUUCCUGUCUCGCAUCUGAGCCAUCUCUGUGGAAAAAGGUGAUUCCCGAUCACAUGGAGCAGGAGUGGAACCCAAAGAGGCCAGAUCUGUAUGCAGGAAUUUUUCACUUCCGUUUCUGGCGUUUUGGGAGCUGGGUGGACGUUGUGGUGGAUGACCGUUUGCCUGUCAGCGCAGAUGGAGCACUGCUGUUCUGCCGCUCCGCCACGCCUCGAGAAUUCUGGAGUGCACUGUUGGAGAAGGCUUAUGCCAAACUGAACGGCUGCUAUGAGGCUUUGGAAGGGGGGAACACAGCAGAGGCCCUGAUCGAUUUCACUGGUGGAGUUUCAGAGCCCCUCAGUCUGGACCGAGAAGCCUUGAGUCUGCAGAUGGACCAGAGGAGGGCGCUAUUCCAGACACUGGCACAAGCACAUGAGAGGAAGGCUUUGAUCACUUGCUUCAUUCGGCCAGCCGAGGGUGAGCUAGUGGAGUCGGUGAUGGAGUGCGGCCUGGUAAGGGGGCAUGCCUAUGGGAUCACUGCACUGAAGAAAGUGCAUGUGGCAGAGAGGCUGUCCACAGGCAGGAAGUCCCGCCUCCUCCUGCUGCGCAUGAGGAACCCCUGGGGGACCACAGACUGGACAGGAGCCUGGGGUCAGGGGUCACAACAGUGGCAGCAGAUCAGUCGCACUGACAGAGAAAAGAUGGGCCUUGCUGUUCGAGAUAUUGGAGAGUUUUGGAUGGAGUUUGAGGACUUUUGCCAUUACUUCACUGAUGUUGUUGUGUGUCGUCUGGUGGAGAAGGCUUCGUUAUGGCCCCGUUCGCACUGGAGAGAGGUCAGUUGCUUCGGACAGUGGGCCCCAGCUCCCCCUGUCCUUGCACCUGCUCCUCUGCUCCUCCGCACUGUCCCCCAAAGACCACCCUCACUGAAGGCCAAACAGCAGAGGGGAAACUGCAAGGAGGCUCGGCUGGGGGAGAGCCAGGGGGAGAGCCAGGGGGAGAGGGGGAGAAGCAGACAAAGAGGCAAGGCGGGGCCGGUGAAGUCAGAGGAGCAUGCCAGAUCACAGCUGAGUGGAGUUUGGGACGAGCAGAUGGAUAAGAGGAGUCGAUGUGGAGGAUGUAUCAACCAUAGAGACACGUUCCUUCAUAACCCACAGUUUUUGUUUGAAGUGCGGGGCAAAGAGGAAGAGGUGCUGAUCUGUCUCCAGCAGGAAGACAGGAGGAUGAGAAGGAAAAAUGGAGAUGGGGAAAAUUUGCCUAUUGGAUUUGAAGUGCUCAAGGUGGAGGUGAACCGCUUCAGCCGAGUGCAGACUGUGGUGGAACAGGCAGCGAGCUCUGUGUACAUGGACUCCCGCAGUGUCACUGUCAGAGCCUGCUUCAGUCCCGGUCGUUAUGUCGUCCUACCAACCACCUUUCUCCCAGGAGCCACGGGACGCUUCCUGUUAAGACUCUUCUCCCAUUCACAUAUACAGCUCCGUGAACUUCUGGAGGAUUUGCCAGCGCCCUCUGUCUUCCACUGUUUGUUACCUCAGCCCACAGUAGUGACCACAGUGCAUCUAUGCAGAGUGACCGGCCUCUGUGUCCCCAAACAGAAAGCUCCAGGCGUUUACGCUGUGGUGCGAUGUGAGAAUGACAGUGUCAGAACCCCAGUGUUUAAAGCUGAAGGAAACCCAGAGUUUAACCUUCGAAGCAUUUUCUACAGGAGAUACCCCCGUGUCCACAUUUCUAUUGAGCUGUGGAGGAAGGGUGUGUUGUGGGACUCCAUGCUGGGUGAGGUCCGCCUGAAGACAGCAGAGUCAGAGCGCGGCAGGAGCCAUGUGAUGGAUCUACGCAGAGGCUUAUCUAGAGCCACUGUUUACCUUGAGACAUCAUCCAGCCUCUGCCUCACGGACCUGUGAUUGUGUCACUGUGCUAUCACUAAAAAAGUAAUGGUCUGCUGGUCAGAUCAGUAUGUGGACAUAUACAGUCUAUCUCU